UAUUUAUAUUAUAAUGUCUACUUCGAGACUUGUUAAAUGUUUAAAUUCAAACCAACAUAUCGUUAGAUCAUUUGGUUCAAGAAGCACACCAUCUUCACCAACACCAGAUUUUAUUGGAGAAUACAAAGAACCAAUUGUUAAAACUAAAACCAUUCCAGGUCCAGAAUCAAAAGCUUUAAGCGAAAAAUUAAAUAAAGUUCAAGACCCAAGAGCCGCUCAUUUCUUUGCUGAUUAUGCUAAUUCAAGAGGUAAUUAUAUUGCAGAUGUUGAUGGAAAUGUAUUAUUAGAUUUAUAUUGCCAAAUUGCUUCAAUCCCAAUUGGUUACAACAACCCAGAAUUAAUUAAAGCUGCUAAAUCAGAUAAAUGGAUCUCUGCAAUCAUUAAUCGUCCAUCAUUAGGUGUUCUCCCACCAAAAGAUUGGCCAGAAUUAAUCCAAAACUCAUUUAUGCAAGUUGCUCCAAAAGGUUUACACCAAGUCUUCACAGCCAUGUGUGGUUCAUGUGCUAAUGAAUGUGCUUAUAAAGCUGUUUUCAUGCAUUACCAACACAUUCAACGUAAUGGUGCUCCAUUCACCGAAGAAGACCUUCAAUCAUGUAUGAAAAAUCAAGUCCCAGGUUCACCAGAGCUCUCUAUUCUUUCAUUCAAAAAAGGUUUCCAUGGUCGUACUUUUGGUACUCUUUCAACUACCCGUUCAAAAGCUAUCCAUAAACUUGAUAUCCCAGCUUUCAACUGGCCAGCUGCUACCUUCCCAGACCUUAUUUACCCAUUAGAACAAAACGAAAAGAAAAAUAGAGAUAUUGAAAACAAAUGCCUCCAAGAAGUCGAACAUCUCAUUAAAACAUGGCCAAUUAAAGUUGCUGGUUUAAUCGUCGAACCAAUUCAAGCUGAAGGUGGUGACAACCAUGCUACUCCAUAUUUCUUCCAAGGUCUUCGUGAUAUUACCAAAAAGUAUGGCGUUGCUAUGAUUGUUGAUGAAGUUCAAACUGGUAUGGGUGCCACUGGUAAAUUCUGGGCUCACGAACACUGGAACCUUUCAUCACCACCAGAUAUUGUUACUUUCUCUAAAAAAAUGCAAGCAGCUGGUUUCUAUCACAAUAUAGAAUUCCGUCCAAGCGAAUCAUACCGUAACUUUAACACUUGGAUGGGUGAUCCAUUAAGAGCUCUCGAAUUAGAAGUCGUCAUUGAACAAAUUAAAAAGAACCAUCUCCUCGACAAUGUAACCAUCACUGGUGACUAUCUCAAGAAUGGCUUAUUUGAUAUCUCUAACAAAUACCCAGGUGUUCUUAGCAAGAUCAGAGGUGACGGUACAUUCUUAGCCAUUGACUUACCAACUGCUGCCGAACGUGAUGCAAUUAUUGCUGCUAUUCGUCUUAAGGGUGUUGAAAUGGGUGUUUGUGGUGAUAAAUCAAUUCGUUUCCGUCCAAUGUUAAUCUGUAAACCAAAUCACAUUGAUCAAUUCUUAAAUAGAUUUGACCAAACUUUAAAUGAAUUAAAAAAGAACUAAGGCAACCAAAUUAUAUUAAUUAGUUUACUUUUAAAUAAUAAUAAUAGUAAUAAUGUUGUUUAUAAUAUAUAUAAUAAUAAUGAAAUUUUAAUUAUUAAGUUUUAUAAUAAAUUUAAAAUAAAAAAUAAUAAUACAAAGUUUAAUUUUCU